AUGGACGUGUGUAUCAUCAUCAAGGCGUGUAAUUUUGCAGCUGAACGUCAUCGCUUGCAGAGACGAAAAGAUGCUGCGCAAACGCCUUAUAUCAAUCAUCCCAUUGGUGUUGCGAGUAUAUUAACCUCUGAAGCUGGUGUAAUAGAUAGUGCAACGAUUGCAGCAGCACUGUUACACGAUACCGUUGAAGAUACAGAUACUACUUUCGAGGAAAUUAGUGGCUUAUUUGGUGAAGAGAUUAGUCGGAUCGUACAGGAAUGCACCGAUGAUAAGAGUUUACCAGUCUCCGUGAGGAAACAGCUGCAAGUUGAAAAUGCAGCAGGACAUUCGCAUAAGGCAAAAUUGGUUCACCUCGCAGAUAAACUGUAUAAUUUGCGGGAUUUGGAGCGUGAAUUAAAAGGAACCAACGAAGUUCUGGAGAUUGCUCUUGAUGAUGUCAUUAAUAGAUAUUUGUGCAAAUGUUGA